AUGGAACUCAAAGUAUGGGUGGAUGGAGUCCAGAGGAUCGUUUGUGGGGUCACUGAAGUCACAACUUGCCAAGAGGUUGUAAUAGCCUUAGCUCAAGCAAUAGGUCGAACUGGAAGAUAUACACUAAUAGAAAAAUGGAGAGAUACAGAGAGACACUUAGCACCUCAUGAAAAUCCAAUCAUUUCAUUAAACAAAUGGGGACAGUAUGCCAGUGAUGUACAACUAAUAUUACGUCGUACGGGGCCAUCUCUUAGCGAGAGGCCAACUUCAGACAGUGUUGCCCGAAUACCUGAGAGAACUUUAUAUAGACAAAGCUUGCCCCCGUUGGCUAAACUGAGGCCUCAGAAUGACAAAUCAAUAAAAAGGCGAGAGCCGAAAAGGAAAUCUUUGACAUUUACAGGAGGUGCCAAAGGACUCAUGGACAUUUUUGGGAAAGGUAAAGAAACCGAAUUUAAACAUAAGGUUCUCAGUAACUGUAAGACAACAGCAGAUGAAUUGAAAAAGUUGAUCCGCCUGCAGACAGAGAAGCUUCAAUCCAUUGAGAAGCAACUUGAGUCCAAUGACAUGGAAAUUAGGUACUGGGAACAAAAGUACAAUUCUAACCUGGAAGAAGAAAUUGUUCGUCUUGAGCAGAAGAUCAAAAGAAACGAUGUAGAAAUUGAAGAGGAAGAAUUUUGGGAAAAUGAAUUACAGAUUGAACAAGAAAAUGAAAAACAGCUGAAGGAUCAACUUCAAGAGAUGAAGCAGAGGAUCCUAGAAUGUGAAGGCAAAUUAAAGGACUAUUUGGCUCAAAUCCAUAGUAUAGAAAGUGGUCUGGAGGCAGAAAAGUUACACCGGGAAGUUCAAGAGUCACAGGUCAAUGAAGAAGAAGUGAAAGGAAAGAUUGGUAAGGUCAAAGGAGAAAUUGAUAUUCAGGGACAACAGAGUCUGAGGCUGGAAAAUGGCAUUAAAGCUGUAGAAAGAUCUCUAGGACAAGCCACCAAAAGGUUACAGGACAAAGAACAAGAGCUAGAACAAUUGACUAAAGAGCUUCGACAAGUCAAUCUUCAACAAUUUAUACAACAGACGGGAACAAAGGUUACAGUUCUUCCAGCCGAGCCCAUCGAAGUGGAAGCCUCACAUGCAGACAUAGAAAGGGAGACAUCCUUCCAGUCUGGGUCCUUGAAACGUCCUGGUUCCUCUCGGCAGCUGCCCAGUAACCUUCGGAUUCUACAGAAUCCAAUUUCAUCUGGCUUCAAUCCUGAAGGCAUAUAUGUAUAAUGAUACUCACCACUUUGGGAUAGGACCAGUAAAGGUACCGAGGGACCGUACCUUUUUCUUCUCUCAGAAUAGUGCCAGUGAUGUGCGGAGGAAGUAUUUCAUAAACCACCGUAUCUUUUUUUUUUUUCUCCCCCAUCUUGCAAACACUUGGAGCCAUACCCAGUGCACUGAUGCAGAUGAACAAAGGAACUGUGUUUCUGAAUAUCAGCAGUGUUGAAGUUUCUGUCCAGCAGCUGUCAUGCAAAGCUGUCAUUUUUAUUUGUAGUAUUUUAAAAGCAUUAGAAAAAGUAUUAUUCUGUGUUUAUACCUAAAUAAAACAGUGACUGAAGAGAAUGGAGGAAAAAAUGUGACUGACUUUAAAGUUUAAUUUAUUCCAUUGAAUUGGUGGAUGUGU